AUGAACCAAAAUCUCUCUCUUGUCGCAAUCCUAUCUCGACGUCCGAUAGGCUGGUUGAAGAAGAUCCAGAAGCUACAGUGGGAAGAUCUGGAUCCGGUCGGCAAGAAUUCAGAAGUGCGCGAGCAGCUGCCAAACAUCGAUGAAUACGUCCUCCAGCCAUUCUGGAACGAAGCCAUUGGCAACCCCAUUGCUAGGCUAUAUAUCGAAUAUGUAGAGAGUCAGGCAAGGGGCAAAUACAGACACCUUCCACGGUGGCUCAAAUUGAUUCUUCAGGAGACGGCAUCUUACGAUACUGAUCUCUCAAGAGUCAGCUAUGUGGGAGGCCUCGAUACUCUCCAGGCUGGAAACGCACUCACUUUCGGGUACUGUGUUCAUUUCCCGAGAAAGCUGAAUCUCGACCGGAUGAACCCUGACAGGAGUGAUGUCCAGUGGAUGUUACACGAGCUUGAGCAUGUCGUGCAGUAUAAAACAACCGGUGGCGUCAAUGCCUUCGUCAUCAAAUACGCCGCGCAAGCUGGGACCAGUAUCGGAUCGUGGAAGGGACAUAUAAACAACAUUCCACGACAACAUGACGAUUGA